AUGUCAGAGCCAAGUCCUCCGAAGCGGAGCCGGGCCAACACGGACGGCGACUUCGGGAGUACAAGCACGAGUGUGAUGGCCAAGGGCGUCACGCUCCAAGACCCACCGCAAAUCACAAGCUUCGCUCAUGAAGACUUGGUGAGGUGGAAGCAUGAGAGAAUCAUGUACGAGGAAGCAGUGGAGAAUCGCUGCGCAGAGACCGGAGAGUCGGUUGCAUCUGUCCGACGCCCCGUGUUCAAGUCUAUCAACAAGAGGCUGUUGAAGUCCUUCGAGCUGCGUAUUCCAGUGGAGAAUAUGACUGAGGAGAAACUGGUGAGCGCCAUUGAAAACAUCAUCGGCAGCGUGAUUAACGACACGAUUCCUGAUGUGAUGGGGAUCAUGGCGUCCAACCUGAAGAUGGAUCUGAGUCAGAAGGACGUGAAGGCUAGGAUCCUGGGGUAUGGAAGAGGUGAUUGA